GGAACAGAGAAGGAGGGCAAGCGGGACAGAGCAGGCGAGCGCAAAAGAGGAAAGAAGUUGUGGGGAAGUGUUGGCAUCAAUCCUACAAUUCUUCAACACAAGAGAGGCCACCGUCUCUGAUUCAGCAAAGAUGACGUCAUUGAAAUCACUUGACUAGGAGGACUGAGAUUUGCAUAUCUCUAUCAACAGUGCUGGUUUCAUAGUUCUACUAUUUCAAGCACAUGAUGUUUACACUCUCAGUAUGAUGGCGAUGUUUUGGACAGCAGUCGUCUUCUACAUGUGUGGACGUACAGUGGAGGUUUAUGGAAUGGCUGAUAAAGAUGCACUGCCAACCACUUUGGAAAGUAAGGUUACGUCUACUGCUUUGCCCACUGUCUUACCCACAGAAGAUGAGAGCAGCAAACUUGUGGAUUGGCUCACAAAGUAUGGAUACCUCCCACCCCCUGAUCCCUCUACAGGGCAGUUACAGGCAUGGACAGCGGUCACUCAAGCAGUGAAGAAAAUGCAGAGGUUUGCUGGUUUGGAUGACACUGGAGUGUUAGACGAACAAACUGUUCAACUGAUGCAGACACCCCGGUGUUCACUCCCGGACGAUGAUGACCAAACCAUUCAGACGUCAGCACUACACAGUGAUAUGCCAAAUCAAAGGAUGAAAAGAGAAGUUUCUACCUGGACAAGAAGAAAUAUCAACUGGAGGCUGCGUUCUUACCCGGCAUCCUCUAAACUGUCCCGUGAAAUGAUUCGCUCCCUUGUGUACUAUGCACUCAGAGUGUGGGCCGAUCCAACAUUACUUGAAUUCCAUGAGGUGCGAGGACCAGAAGGGGCAGAUCUCCAGAUAGAUUUCUUGCACGGUCCCCAUGGAGAUGGAUAUCCCUUUGAUGGAGCAGGUGGAUCUGUUGGCCAUGCCUUCUUUCCGUCAGAUCCAGACAGGGCAGGUGGAGUUCACUUGGAUGCAGAGGAGGAAUGGGCCUUCAGACAACCAGCAACGGAGGGCACAGAUCUAUUCACAGUACUGGUGCAUGAGCUUGGUCAUGCCCUUGGACUGUCCCAUUCAUCAGCACGCCAAUCUGUAAUGCGUCCAUACUACCAGGGGCCCCUAGGAGACCCACUACACUUUAGCCUGGGACAUCACGACCUUCAACACAUCACAGCCCUUUAUGGUAAGAGGGGUAACCAUGCUCCAACCGACAGACCUCUUCUUGUGACGGAGGCUCAAUUGCAUCACAGACAUGGAGGAAUACACAGACUCACACAUAUGUACAGACACGCUCACAACCAUUUGGGCAGUUCUGUGGAUCGCUGUAACACCAGUUUUGAUGCAGUUGCCAAGAUUCGAGGAGAGAUCUUCUUCUUCAAAGGGCAGAACAUGUGGAGAGUGAGCAGAGGCGGCCUGGUGUCAGUCAGGGCUGUUCCUGUACAGAGACUUUGGUCGGCUCUUCCUUCUUCACUGCCUCCACUGCAAGCAGUUCUGGAAAGACACACGGAUCAUGCCAUCAUCUUUAUCAGUGGUUCCCAGAUUUGGCUGUUUAAGGAUCUGUCACUCCAAGAGGGUUUCCCUCAGCCUCUGUCUACUCUGGUUCCUGAGGACUCAGAAGGAGGGUGGCAAGGACUGCACUGGGAUCCAAAGCAGGGUGUGGUGUGGGGGUCUGUGAGAGAGGAUGGAGAGAAAGGAGAGGAAAGCAAAGUCUGGAGAGAGCUCAUUGAAGAAGGAGUGAAUGGAAUCAUCAUUGAGAAUGACAACGAGAGAGAAAGAACUGGAGACUUUAAGGGUUCAACCUACGUUUUCAAAGGCAAUUCCUAUUGGAAAUUUACUCACCCAGGCUCCGCCCCUGAAGAAGGAUACCCUCGGCUUCUGGCCACUGAUUGGUUGGACUGCCCUCAGCCUUCCUCUUACAGCCCCGACGACAUCUCUUUGAUCUCCCACUAUGGUCAGCAGGAGCUUCGUGAGCAGAAAGGACAAAGAAUAAUCGACCAGAUCAGGCACAAAGACAAAACCGAAAGAGAUAAAUGGGACUGUCCAUGUCUAAACAGUGCAGUGACUCUAAGUGAAGCCAUUUUACUACUCCCUACUUUAUUUCUGAUUACUUGGACUUGUCCAACACUUUAAUUUUUUCCACAUCAAAGUUUACACAGUCAUACUCCAAACAAUUUUUUCCUCGACUUACAAUCUCUUACCAAAGGAAGUGAUUAAAACAGUUGGUAAAGUGAUUUCUAACAACCAUUAAACUGAGAUUAAAUUCUGUUGUUUUACAUACAACUUCCAUGGUGAUGUUACAUGCAGUUUUACUAAUAACUGACUUUAUUUCUCUGUCAAUUCCUGUUUUAGCUAGGUUGGCUAUCCUUCAUAUCAAACCUCAUGUAGACCUGACAUUAAUGAUUUACAGCGCACAGAGUCUGUCAGCUCACUAAAGAAGGCAAAUAAUAUUGUGCUAGUGUUUAAAAGUAUGAUAUAUACAUACAGUAUUUUGAUUAUGAAGAUGCAAAUGUCAUAAAUGACUUAAAAUGAUCCACUGGGUUCAAAAAUGCCAUUUAUACAUAGGUUCCCAUUAUUAAAAUAAUUUGAGAAUUUAGAUUAAUCAUAAAGUGCACUGAAAAAUGACUGUGCUUACACACCUGGGAAAUACCAAUGUACUUUUUACAAAUAACGUACUACUAGCCGGAUGGAAGGAUGGUCAAAUAACGAGUGUCAUUUACAGGACAAACUCUAUUACAAUAAAACAAAAAUGCAUUGUAAAUUUGAUUUAAUAUAUUUUAUGGAUACUACUAUUAUUAUUAUUAAUUUAUUUUAUAAACGUUAUUUUUCUUUGUCAAUUUUCUUUAUUCUUUUUUAAACAUGUACCAAGACUGUACCAAUAAAAAGAAAAAUAAGAACGUUAUU